AUGAGUUUCACCAGAGUUACCUUCCCAUCCGACGACAUUGAAGUCGUUGGACACCUCUAUGCUCCUGCACAAGGAGCCCCUAACCGUAAUGGCGCUGCCGUUGUGAUUGGUCACCCCUACACCGGCGUUAAGGAGCAGGUUGCUACCUUCUAUGCAAAGUACCUGGCCAAUGAAGGUUUCUACGCCCUUGCCUUCGAUGCUGCCUUCCAGGGUAAAAGUGCCGGUGAACCCCGCGGCCUUGAGAAUCCCUUCCAGCGUGCCGAAGACUCCCGCAUCCAGUAUCACUGUUUUACGUGUAACGCGACAAGAGAUACUGAAGAUCUUUUUAUGGAACAUUUGACCACUAGCCAUGAUAUUACCUAG